AUCUUUUUCUGUCAUUCUUUUCGUUUUAUUGUCCUAAAAAUAAAAAAUCAGAAACCUUCAAAGCUUCUCAUCAUGUCUUUUUGCCAAGAGAGCCAAUGAUAAUCUAUAUAUAUAGGCUAUAGUACAAGAAAUGUGAAAAUUUAGAUUUUGCUCGUCAUGAAGUUGGAGUUGGUUAAAAAGAGGUAACAAAACUUUCCAUUUAUUCAACCAAUUGAAAGGGGUUUGACCAGGCGCCGUGAAGUUUGCUUCCGGUAAGUUUCUCAUUUGCGUAUCUGACUAUUAGCUCUUUUCUUACACGAACUUUUUCUUUAGGAAUUUUGAUUAGUCAACUCAGAGCAGAGGAACCAAUUUUGGGCCCUUGUUGUCUAUAAAUUUAAAGUUGACAAUCCUAUUUUUUUUCCAUUAAUAGAGCCUUUGUUCUAAUUUUCUGUUCUCAUCUCUUAGAAGAAAAGAAAAAAAUGGGGAAGGAGGAUGGAACUAGAGGAGCUUAUUCGGAGAACAAUUCUGAUACAGAAAGUAUAGCAAGUGACAGGGCAGUGUUUAGUGGACCAUUAGGGUUAGGUAGUGGCCCGGUCUCCAACAGAAGAGCUUCGAAAAAGAGUGCAAGAUUCAAUCUUCCACCUGAAAUCACCAUGGCCAAGACUAACUCCACAGGCAGCACUGCUGACAAUGAUGCCUACGUUGAAAUCACCCUGGAUAUCCGAGACGAUUCUGUUGCGGUUCACAGCGUUCAAGGUGCCGAUGGAGGUCAUCAAGACCCUGAAUUGGCAUUGCUGGCUAAGAGAACUCUGGAGAACAAGUCUGCUUCUUUUCGUUCGUCUUUGUUCAGUAACACGUCGGCUCAAAUUAAGCAGGUUUCUCAGGAACUGAAACGUGCCCUUUCAAGAAGACCUUCUAAUGCAGGCAGGAGAUUUGAUAGGACUAAAUCUGCUGCAGCUCAUGCCUUGAAAGGACUCAAGUUUAUCACCUCCAAAACAGGGGCCUCUGGAAAUGGAUGGUCCUCUGUUGAGAAGCGAUUCAAUGAUUUAACUGCAUCUACUAAUGGCCUUCUUCACCGUUCCCAAUUCGCAGAAUGCAUUGGGAUGAACCAGUCUAAAGAAUUUGCCGGUGAGCUGUUUCAAGCACUUGCUCGGAGGCAUAAUGUAACCGGAGACUCAAUCAAUAAAGUGCAGCUCAAACAGCUCUGGGAUCAGAUUUCUGACGAAAGCUUUGAUUCUAGACUCCAAACUUUCUUUGACAUGGUGGACAAAGACGCUGAUGGAAGGAUCACCGAAGAAGAAGUCAGGGAGAUUAUCAGUCUCAGUGCUUCUGCAAACAAACUUUCUAACAUUCAGAAACAGGCCGAAGAAUAUGCCGCUUUGAUCAUGGAAGAAUUGGAUCGUGAUAAUGUUGGAUACAUCAUGGUAAAUAGAUCACAGCAAAGACGAAUUUAUCUUGCUUUUGUCCUAUGCUAUCUUUAUUUCCUAAUAUUACUGGUUUUUGGCACUGAACAGAUUUAUAACCUGGAAACUCUCCUAUUGCAAGCUCCAAAUCAAUCUGUCAGGGUAGGAGAUAGCCGCAUUCUUAGUCAAAUGUUGAGCCAGAAACUCAAACCUACUCAGGAGAACAACCCCUUAAAAAGAUGGUAUCAAAAGACUAAGCACUUUAUAAUGGAUAACUGGCAAAGGAUCUGGGUUAUGAUGUUGUGGCUUGGCAUUGUGGGGGGUUUGUUCGCUUAUAAGUUCGUGCAGUACCGGCACAAGGCUGUGUUCGAUGUGAUGGGAUACUGUGUUUGCAUUGCUAAAGGAGGUGCAGAAACUCUUAAGUUCAACAUGGCUUUGAUUUUACUUCCAGUGUGCCGGAACACCAUCACUUGGCUUAGAAACAAGACUAAAUUGGGUGUUGUUGUUCCUUUCGAUGACAACUUGAAUUUCCACAAGGUUAUUGCCGUUGGAAUCACCAUUGGGGUGAUCCUACACGGAGGUGCCCAUUUAACCUGUGAUUUCCCUCGGCUUCUUCAUGCCACUGAAGAAGAAUAUGAGCCUAUGAAACCAUUUUUUGGAGAGAAGCAACCUGAAAACUACUGGUGGUUUUUGAAGGGAGUAGAAGGUGUAACAGGCAUUAUAAUGGUGGUGCUAAUGGCCGUAGCCUUCACACUUGCCACUCCUUGGUUCAGGCGUAACAAGCUCAACCUUCCCAAGUUCCUUAAUAAGCUUACCGGAUUUAACGCAUUUUGGUAUUCCCAUCACCUUUUUGUUAUUGUCUACACUCUCCUCAUUGUUCAUGGUAUUUACCUAUAUCUCACCAAGAAAUGGUAUCAGAAAACAACAUGGAUGUAUCUAGCAGUGCCAAUUACUCUUUAUGCUUGCGAAAGGUUGAUUCGAGCUUUUAGAUCAAGUAUCAAGGCAGUUAAAAUUCUCAAGGUUGCUGUAUAUCCUGGAAAUGUAUUGUCACUGCACAUGUCAAAGCCCCAAGGAUUCAAAUAUAAAAGUGGGCAAUACAUGUUUGUCAACUGCUCUGCAGUCUCCCCAUUUGAGUGGCAUCCAUUCUCCAUCACUUCAGCACCAGGAGAUGACUACCUUAGUGUUCACAUUCGAACUCUGGGUGAUUGGACAAGGCAGCUCAAAACUGUUUUCUCUGAGGUCUGUCGGCCACCACCAGAUGGGAAGAGCGGACUGCUCAGGGCAGAAGGAACCAACACAAGCUUCCCAAAGAUUUUAAUCGAUGGCCCAUACGGAGCUCCAGCACAGGACUACAAGAAGUACGAUGUGGUGCUGCUGGUGGGGCUUGGAAUUGGUGCCACCCCCAUGAUCAGCAUUGUCAAGGACAUCAUCAACAACAUGACAAUGGAAGAGGAUUUGGUUCCAGGAUCUACCUUGGAGAAUGGAAAUUACAAUAACAAGAACAAGAACAACAAAGGGUUCAGGACAAGCAAAGCCUACUUCUACUGGGUAACAAGGGAGCAAGGCUCGUUCGAGUGGUUCAAAGGGAUAAUGAACGAAGUAGAAGAGAUGGAUGAGAAGAGGGUGAUCGAGCUCCACAACUAUUGCACCAGCGUGUACGAGGAAGGAGACGCAAGAUCAGCACUCAUAACUAUGAUUCAAUCUCUGCACCAUGCCAAAAACGGUGUGGACGUCGUCUCCGGAACUCGUGUUAAAUCCCACUUUGCCAAGCCAAAUUGGCGUCAAGUCUACAAGAAGAUUGCUCUACAUCAUCCUGACGCAAGAAUUGGAGUUUUCUACUGUGGGGCACCGGCACUAACCAAAGAGCUAAGACAAUUAGCUUUGGAUUUUUCUCAUAAGACCUCCACAAAGUUCGAAUUUCAUAAAGAGAACUUUUAACAAAAGCCAGACUGAUGCUUUUUCAAGUUCAAUGAUUUCUAGAGAAUUUCGUAUACGGGGAAAACAUUUUUAGAUGCAUUCUUAUUAAAUUGAUCUAAGUGGAUAUAGCUUUCUUUCUUUCUUUGGUUCUUUUUAUCAUUAUUUUUAAAAAAAUUCUUCCAAAUAAAAGUGCCUUCUUC